CCCCCAGACGACCAAGCAGCUGUGAGGGUCUUCUUGGACCGUAGAAUGCACGCGGAUGCUGCUGCUGCUGCUCUUGCUGCUCUUGCUGCUGCUGGUCCUGCUGCCGCUGCUGCUACUGCUGCUGCUGGUCUUGUUGCCGCUGCUGCUGCUCCUCGUCCUGCUGUUGCUGCUGCUGCUGCUGCUGCUCCUCCUCGUCCUGCUGCUGCCACUCGGCAUCCUCAUGCUCACCCUGCUGCAGGUUCUCGUGCUGCUGCUCCCUGUGCUGCUGCUGCUCGUGCUGCUGCUCCCCCUGCUGCUGCUGCUCCCCCUGCUGCUGGUCCCCCUGCCGCUGCUCCUCGUGCUGCUGCUCCUUAUGCUGCUGCUCGUGUUGCUGCUCCUCCUGUUGCUCCUCGUGCAACUGCUUGUGCUGCUGCUGUUGCCGCUCCCGCUGCUCGUGCUGCUGCUGUUGCCGCUCCCGCUGCUCGUGCUGCUGCUGCUCCUACUGCUGCCGCUCCCGUUGCAACUGCUCGUGCUGCUGCUGCUCCUGCUGCUGCUGCCGCUCCCGCUGUUGCCGCUCCCGCUGCUGCUGCUCCUGCUGUUGCAGCUCCUGUCGUUGUUGCAGCUCAUCGUGCUCCUCAUCCUCCUCCUCAUCAUCAUCAUCAUCAUGUCGUUCCUCGUGUUGUUGGCCCUCUUGCUGGCCUCGAGCAUUCCGUGAUGCAAUCCGGUGAUGUUGGCGACAAGCCAUGGGCUAAGGACGUCAUCAAGAAGGCGAAUAUGGUCGUGAAGUUCUUUAGGAACCACAGGUGGCCACGAUCAAUGUUGAGGACGGAGCUGAUGGCACAAAAGGGUGUGAAGACGAUGAGUUUGCGCGAUGUGGGAAAGAGGACGGACAUGCUUCUCAGCCCUGUUCAUGUUGUGGCUCGCUUGUUGAACCCUCGAUUGCGAGACAUCACCGUCUUCAGCAAUCUGGACUUGAUGGCGCAAUUCAAUAGUGUAGUGGACCGUCUCGUUGCAAAGAAUGGGAGUCAGAAGUUCACGGACUGCAAAGACCAGCUAUACGAUUUCCAAUUUGGCAGAGGGAUCUUUGGUGGCGCAGCAGCAUUGAGGAGGGCAAACAAGGACAAUGCAGUGUUGUGGUGGGAGGCACGCGGAGGUGGUCAUCCGGAGUUGAAGAUGCUGGCGAUGAAAACGCUUUCGAUAUGGACCACAUCCUCUCCUGCAGAGAGGAACUGGAGUACGUGGUCCCUCGUGCAGACGAAGACGAGGAGCCAGCUAAAGCACAAGCGUACAGAGAAGCUUGUCUACUCGCACUGGAACCUCAGACUGAAGAGCAGGGGGGAAGAUGGGCCGACAGUGAAAGGAGGUUGGUUGGGGUUGGAGCAGGACUGGGUGGACGAGGAUAUCGAAGGCGAGGCUGUUGAUAUGCUUAAUGUGGAGGACGAUGAUGCAGUCAGGCAUGGCGCCACUGGAUCUGAGAGGGGCAGCACCAACAUCAUCACUGCGCGUUGUGCAACUCAGAGUACGACGCAUGGACCCGAUGUCUUCGAGGAGGAGGAGGAGGAGGAGGAGGAAGAGGAAGAGGAGGAGGAGGAGGAGGAAGAGGAAGAGGAGGAGGAGGAGGAGGACGAGGGAGGUGUGAUCCACUAGGAGGUGUGAUCCACUAGGAAAGUGUGAUCCAUUAGGAGGUGUGAUCCACUAGGAGGUGUGAUCCACUAGGAAGAUGUGUGUGAGAAGAGGAGAGGGGGGGGAAGAGAGGAGAGAGGUGUGGUGGCACGCGACUCCAUCUAUAACAGCCGGUCCGACAAAGUAUCGAAGUUGGUUAGGAUGGCCGUGAAUUUGGCCUCAAAUGUGGCUUGUAUGUGCCGGAGGAUGGCCAGUACAGGGUCUGACUGCGUGGUGGGACCCGAACUGGCGGCCGCAGGGGUGGGAAUCUCUAUCGAGUCAGACGUGGUGUCACGAUUUAGGAACGCAAGGUCUUCGCUGAUGGAGCGGAAGGGACUUGCAAAGUCAACACUUUGCAUAGAAUCAGGGGAUAAAAAAAAUUAAGAGGGGGAACGGGGGGGCCGCUCAGUGGCAACGAUCGGCAUGUCAAAGCGAGCGAGUCGGUAUGCAGUGCGGGCGUCUCGAGUCUAACAAAUUUCUGAAGUUGAA